AUGACACGACCUCCUUCAAUGCCUUUUCCACCUCUCAAAUCUCAUCCUUCUCACCCUCCCUCACAUCUUCAACAGCCACCACUACCACCACCACCACAACAACACCUUGGACUCAUGGUUGAUCAACGACGAAGAUCCUUUGACCCAUCUGGUCAAGCACCAUACCGCGCACGUUUGCCCAUGUCCGGUCAACCUGGUGCCUUUCUCGGUCAUAGGGGAUCUUUCGAUUCAGCGACCCAACAUGGGAAACCCAUGAUGAGUCAAAGCUUCCCACGAGUAGACAUUGCUACCCAAUCGACACGCCCUCAUCCCCACCUCCCAGCCUGCACACUCUAUAUCGAUCACGUCCCUCCUGAGCUACCCGAGAAGGACAUUGUUCAAGCAUUGCAGGAAUGUCUCCCGUUCCGAAUCACGCUAGCUCAAUCUGUUCCUCCGCAACUGCGUCUCAAACCCGAUGCGUACUAUGACUGGAUGCCGCGAGCUGGUUCAGUCGAGUUUACCCAAACCCACAAUGCCGAGAAAGCACUAGCGAUCCUUCACACUCACCCGCUCUUCGCAACGCGAGGCGUCACCGUAUCGUCGUACCCGGUCCCUCAGCUCGUCCCACUUUCCGAGUCGCCAGCACGACACCUCCGUCCAAUUCACCAUGUCCCCUCGGUCCACUCCAAUCUGCAGUCAUCCAACACGUCUGCCCUUUGCCCCAGUCCAGGGGAAGUAUUCGAAGCUCUUCGACCUUGGGGAACCAUGCGAUCAGUCCAAGUCUGGGCUGAGCCGUACCCUGAUGGCGUGCCGGCGUUGCCUAGCUGGGGUGCAAGGGUCGAAUUUUGGUUUGAGGAGGAAGCUAGACGCUUCGACUUGGGAUUUGGCGAAUCUGCAAGUCUGAUCAAGGGUUGGCAAAUCGCCAUCACCAGCGAAGCUCCCUUUGGGUUCCCAUUUCCUACCUCUCUGAACCUGCCUUCGGCCUACAGUCCUUCUCAUGUUGAACCAUCCCCACUCCCUAUAUCCGAAGACAUGAAACACAUCUCCGCAGCCUCAUUCGACAAUAGGUCUGGCAAUACCCUUCACUCAGGUAUCAUGCAGAUCCCACCGGUCCAUAAUCACCCCGGACUAGCUCAUCAAGUCCUCUUCCCUCACACUCCGCCUCAAACUUCUUACACUCCGCCCUGGUCCUCCCACAACCCAUUUACUAUCUCUCAAACAGAUAUGCCUCGACCACCCGAACACGUUCCCUUCCCAAAAUUCAAUGCUUCGCCUCCUGCGCUCGGCAGUCCUAAUGCUCUGCCUUCCAUCGCGUUGCCCAUGACGCCAGGAUAUAGUGCCCGCAAAUUGUCUCUGGCUCGAAGCAGCGUCAGCAGUUUUCAAAGUUUGUCAAGGCCUAGGAAAUGGAGCGUGACUUUUGAUGAGGCGCCGGAAGGUGGAAUUAGAGCCACUGGACUCGUGUCUGACGACGGGCAAUAUAUCGCACACGGACCUGGGCAGCAUAUCAGACCCGCACCCAUGUAUGGGCCGGGUUCGACUAGCGCAUCGGGUCUGGUGGACUACUCCAAUGUGUUUGUCAAGAAUCUCGACCCAGAUAUCAACUCCGAAUUCCUCGGCGAGCUCUUCUCAAAUGUUGGUCGCAUCAUCAGUGCAAGAGUCAUGCGAGAUGAUUCGAAUCGGAGUCGAGGAUACGGCUUCGUAUCAUUCUUCACUCCCGAAGAAGCGAUGCGCGCUAUUGAGAUGAUGAAUGGGCAGAGUGUCGGACGUCAAAUCAUCGCUGUCACGCUUCACGAGCCCCGCAAGUUGCGUCCGGACAAGAUUGCAGAGCGUAUCAAGCGAGAACAGCCUUCCGCUUACGGACGACCGUCCGCAUCGCCCAGGCGACCACUGGUAUGCCUACCUGAAAACAACUUUGCCCAUCAAAAGGCUCAGGUCGAGUCGAAGACAGCGACGGGCUUCACCGACGAUAUUUGCUCGCAGAGUCCUACCACUCGCCACAAAACGCUGAUGAAGCGUGUCACUCCGCGUGUGCGGACCCAUAUUCGCGAGCGACACCUCUCUGACGCUUUGAUCGAGCCUACGGUGGAAGCGUUAGUGUCCCAGGACUUGCGCAUCGUCUCCAUCUUGCAUAACGAGGACGAGCUUAACAAGGUCAUCAAUGAGGCCGUUGGCCAUGCCCACGCCAUCUUCAGUAAUGUCAAUGGCUCCCAGAUCGCCCAGGAGCAUGGCAAGAAGGAUCAGGAGGCAAAUCAACCUGGUAGAAUCGUAGAGACCAACGUGGAUGCUAAAUCCCCCGACUCGACCUUGACCGAGCGCGAAAAAGCCCUCAUCCACGAAGCGCUUCGACAGUUUGAUGAUGCUGAAGCCGGAUCGAUCAUGCCUUUGCUUCUGUCGCGCCUGUCACCUGCCGAAGUCCGAGCCUGUAUCAAGAACCGCCAACAUCUCAACCUCAAAGCCAACUCUAUCCGUCGGGAUAUGCUCAAGGGCAGAAUGAAGAUUGAUACAGCUGCGGUGACGCCAUUUAUUCCUUCUUGUCCCGAUCUUGGUCCUCUUUCAGGCCUUUCACAGCCCUCACCCGUGACCACACCGCCUGAACCAGUACCCAAGCCACAAAUGGUCGUGAGGCAAUUGACCCAGAUUUCACUCGACGAUCUCGAUCUCGCCAAAUUGGCCUCUCUACCCGCUGUCGACAUUGUGGCUCAUCUCAACGGUGACGGUUCUCAAGCCAUUAUGGACAAGCUAGCCUUGUCCAAACCACACCCUAGCGAGGUCACCCACAUGGAGGAUCUCAUCAGAAGACUGCGGCGGAAGAGUCUCGUUGAAGGUCGAAGCGAAGUCGUUGGACUCAUCGCGAGAACUCUCAACCACCCAGCGCUUCGAAAGAGUCAGAAAGCAAAACUGGCCAGCGAUCUAGUCAAUGCUGAAGAUGACGAUGCCGCCGUCUGUCGCAUGGCACUUUAUCCUCCGCUCUUGGAAGCUAAAAUUGGCCAGCUUUUCGGAGCUCCUCUCUCGCGACGAGUCUCUGCUCCUCCGACCGCGUAG